UGCUUUGCAGAAACUAGAAAACAUUGUUGUCUGUUUUGAAUACGUGUUUGUUUGUAUUUUCAGCCACAAUAUAAGCCAAUAGAAACAUUAACACUUGGCAAGCUACCAUGAGUGCUGAAAUAGUGAGCGGUCUUCUGAAUACAGAAGUGACCAAUUCAAGCAAGAUUCCAGUAGAGCAUCUGGAUUAUGAUUAUAUUCAGAAGUGCACUGAUGUCGGGUACCUGGAAAAGAUUUUAAAAGUUCUGAGGUCUGGAGAAGAAGGCAUUUACCCACAUCUCAUUGAUUUCUGCGAGAAACAUGUAGAGAAGCUGAACCCUAGGAGCCGUGCCCUCCGAAUAGACAAACCUGCAGCGACAGCUGCAUCUCUCCCUACAGACGAAUGGAGCCAGAUUUCAGAUGAACUCAAGAGCUGGGAGACAGAGAUGAGGGCGGGUGAGGUGCAGCUCAAACAGCUCCCCUUGUUCAGUGACGAGGAGAAUGUGCCACCCAUCCGAGGCUCAAACUGCUCUGUUCAGAGCACGUCUGCCAGUGGGGUAAAAAAGAGCAAAAACAAGGCUUCUCUCCCACGUGACUAUAAGGACUGGGACAAAUUUGACAUUGCGAAAGAAUGUGCUAAAGUUGAUGAGGUGGUCGCAAAUGACUCGGCCAGCACAGUCAUCAACCACGGCCGUCCAAAAGCCAUUAAAAGAAAACUGCACACAAGUGCGCUGACAGAGCAGGAAAAGGUUGUUUUAGCGAACCGCGAGAAGGACAAGGGCAAUGAGGCUUUUAAAACUGGCGACUAUGAGGAGGCAUUGGCAUAUUACACAAGGAGUCUGUCGGUAUUACCAACAGUCGCUGCAUACAACAACCGAGCCCAGGCGGAGAUCAAACUGCAGAACUGGCACAAGGCCCUCAGCGACUGCCAGAAGGUCCUGGAGCUGGAGCCAGCCAAUGCCAAAGGUCUGCUGCGUCGUGCCACUGUGCAGAAGCACCUCGGAAACCUCCAGCUGGCCAUUGAUGAUGUCAAUGCUGUUCUACACAUAGAGCCUCAUAAUGAGAUUGCAAAGAAACUUCUGAAUGAGCUGAAUAAGAAGAUGGCUGAAAGAGUUCCUGAGAAGCCAGCUAACAGAAAGAAAAUGCUCAUAGAGGAAAUUGAGGAGGAAGAGGAGGAGAAAGAGCACGAGGCCAACGGUGCAGUUGAAAGCAGCAGUCGUGAGAGACGGGGUGGGGAGAGCUGCGCGGCGGCCGCUACCGCUACCGGAGAGGAGAGAGGCGACAUGGGCAACGCGCAGAAGAAGCCCCACGGCCGGGGCGACGGCGGAGGGGGAGGCAGGGGGGGCAGCAGCGCCGACAAGUACACGGUCACGCCGCCCAAGGGAGUGGAGGGGGCCAGGAAAGGGCUGGCCAACGGCAACAGCGCCGCUCACCAAGCGGCGGAGAAAGCCGAGCGCGAGCGGGCGGAGCAGAGUAAGGUCAACCUGGACGCGCCGGCCGGGAACCUGCCGCCGCCGCUGGCCCGCCUCAAGAACGAAGGCAACCACCUCUUUAAGAACGGACAGUUUGGAGAUGCCAUUGAAAAGUACUCUCUGGCUAUCGACGGCUACACUGAAGCAGGCACUGACAGUCCGGAGGACCUCUGUAUCCUGUACUCCAAUAGAGCUGCCUGCUACCUGAAAGAUGGGAACAGUUCAGACUGUAUUACGGACUGCACAAAGGCCUUGGAGCUGCAGCCGUUCUCGCUGAAGCCGCUGCUGAGGAGAGCCAUGGCUUACGAGUCGCUGGAGCGCUACCGGAAGGCCUACGUCGACUACAAGACCGUGCUGCAGAUCGACACCGCCACCCAGGCCGCUCACGACAGCGUCAACAGGAUCACCCGGAUGCUGAUUGAGCAGGACGGCCCCGAGUGGCGGGAUCAGCUUCCGGAGAUCCCCAUGGUGCCCCUGUCGGCCCAGCAGCACCGCAGAGAGGAGCCGCUGAGCGCCGAGGAGGCCCAGGCCCGGGCCGAGCGCGCCACCCAGGAAGCCGCCCGAAAAGCGGAAGCACGUUUCGCACUCUUCAAGUCGGACGGAAACGAGUUUGUGAAGAAAGGCCGGUACGAGGAGGCGGUGGGGAAGUACAGCGAAUGCCUUAAACUGAAGCCCAACGAGUGCACCGUCUACACCAACAGAGCUCUGUGUUUAGUGAAACUUGAUCGUUUUGCGGAGGCCAAGCGGGACUGUGAUGCGGCCCUGGCCCUGGAGCCCCAGAACAAGAAGGCCUUCUACAGACGAGCAAUGGCCAACAAGGGCCUCAAGGACUACCUGGCGUGCAGUACGGACCUGCAGGAGGUGCUGCGUCUGGACUCCAGCGUGGCGGAGGCGGAGCGGGAGCUGCAGGAGGUGACGGAGCUGCUCAGGCAGAGUCUGGCCACAGCAGCCUCCCCGGGGAAAGCCCGGCGCAGCGUCCCCAUCACAGAGGUGGACGACACAGAAGCAGCCGCCACCACAAAGCCGGACUCCACAACCGAACAGAACCAUGUGGACCAGGCCAGGCCGACCGCCAUCACCCAGCCCGCCAACGCCUAUGAGUUUGGACAGGCUUUGAGCACGGCCCGUUCCCAUGACGAUACGGCAGCCUGCGCCGACCUCCUCCGCUUCGUCGCCCCGGAAACGCUCCCGUCUUACGUGAGCAGCCAUCUGGACGGUCACACCAUCGCUUUCAUUAUGCAGGCGCUGGACGGUCAGCUCCUGGACAAAGAGCCGGGCCUGGUGUACCAGCACCUCAACCACCUCCACACCGCGGAGCGCUUCUCGGUGGUGCUCAUGCUGCUGGACAAAGACGAGCGUCGGCAGAUGACUCAGCUGUUUGAGCACCUGUCGGCGGUGGAGAGCGAGGACUUCUCGCAGAACGACGUGCAGAACCUAGCAAAUAAAUACAUCUGACCACUC